AUGUCUUGGAAGCAUGAUAGUAUGGAUAUUAUAUGUUCUCAAAAGUUGAAAGUCAGUUAUGAGAAUGGUUGUAUAUGGCAUUCCAGUGGUGAUAAAAUACAAAAAAAAAAUGUUAUUGGUUUUUGGUGUCGAUUUUUAUGGUGUUGUGAAAUUGAUAAGACUAUCAUCCAAGUCAUAAUGCCGCCUGAUCCCUUUCUGUCGCAUCUUUUGGUUUUUGGCUUUGAUGAGAGGAUAAAUUCAGAUCCUUUGAGAGUAGUAUUUACUUUAAGAAAAUUAUUCUUGCUUGUAUUUGCUACGAUUCAAAUACAUGUAGUGCGAUGGUUAGAUUACAUGCCUGAUAUUGUUAAUCUGCCAGUGUUAGUAGUGAACAGAGAGCAUUGUCUGAUUGAGGUUAUGGACUUUACUCUACUCAAUUUUGGUGUAUAUACCAUAGCAAUGUUUACUAGAAAUCUGGACCAACUUGAUCAGAUAAGAGAUUUACAUCAGUCUACCGUAAAAAUCAUAUUGUCUAGAUAUAAUUUCAGUAUGUUCUCUAUACAUGAAUCUAUUUUUUUUUGUUCGUUAUUUUUGCUGUUGCUGAUAUUCCAUCAAUAUAACAUUACGGCUUCUGAUGAUUUAAAACACUACCCCUUUUUGUAG